UAACUAUUCAAACCAAUUCCACUACGCUUUUCAACGGUCCUUUUCUCCUUCCUCAUUUACCUCGCUUCUUCACUACACUACACAAACACCUGCACAUUUUCCUCAAUAACUCUUCACCUCUCUCUCUCUCUCUCUAUCACAUACAAUGGAGAAUGUAGAUCCUAAUGUUACCAGAGUUCAGCACGUGGCGAAAGCAUCCUCGGAUAAGCUCCUGAGCAAAUUCGCCGAGGCGGGCUCCGAUUCCAACCCAAAAAAUCUGAGAUUGGCAAAGAGAGUGAAGAGAAAUCAAGAAUCUGCUGCUAAUAACAAUUCUGUUUCUUCCUUAGCGGAGAAGAAAUCGCUCCUUCCGCAGCGUAAAAAGGCAGCGCUGAUGCGGGGGCUGGGGAUUAGCAGAGCCAAGAUCAAAGCCAGAGAAAUCAAGAACAAAUCAAUAGUCACCAUUAUUGAGAAGACUUGGCGUAGGACUGUGGAAGGGGCUUCCAGAGUGUUGAUGGAGAAGCAUUACAACAGCCAUAAACGCCUAAUAAAUGAAUCCUAUUAGAUUCGCACCGGCUGCUUACUAAAUUACUCUGUUUUCAAUCACUUAAUUCGUUUAAAUUAGGUUGUAGUAUUAUUUGAAUAUUUACCUCUAUUUUUUGUACAUUAA